UUGCUAGCAACCUGCCGUUGUUGUCAGUUACAAACAGUUCUGAAAACGGUGUGCACGAUGUGGAAAGCAGUACCUCCAAUUUUAAUCCUCACAGUAGGAAUAGCGCAUUAUUUUAAAUACCAGCAAGCAGAACCAGAAGUACCAAAGAUUCCAGAAACAUUUUGGGGACCAAAAGAAAAACUCGGUAAUCAAGAUACGAGUAUAAGAGAAUUUAAAAUCGAUAUUUCAGAAAAGAUAAUAGACGACCUUCAUGAACGAUUGGACAAAUAUUUUAAUACGGCCAAUUUGAGACCUAAAAUUUCACCCCUAGAAGAUGCUGAAUGGACUUAUGGAGUUAGUUUUCAAUAUAUUCAAAAUGUACUUCGUUAUUGGAGAGAUAAUUAUAAUUGGAAAAAGAGACAAGAAGUACUUAACAAAUAUCCUCAAUUCAAGACCAACAUUCAAGGUUUGGAUAUUCACUUUUAUCGAGUGAAACCGACAUUGCCAAAGAAUAAAAAAAUUAGAGUUUUACCGCUACUUAUGGUCCAUGGAUGGCCUGGAUCGGUAGUUGAAUUCCAAAAGAUUAUUCCAAUGUUGACAACUCCACAAGAUGAUAAAGAUUUCGUUUUUGAAAUAAUUGCACCUUCUCUACCCGGUUAUGGAUUUUCGGAUCCUGCAGUUCGUCCUGGAUUAGGCGCCACACAGAUUGCAGUGAUAUUUAAAAAUCUAAUGACUCGAUUGGGAUACGAUAAAUUCUACACACAAGGAGGAGAUUGGGGAAGCUUCAUCACUGCCACAAUUGCAACUCUCUAUCCAGAAAAAGUAAUUGGAGUUCAUUUGAAUAUGUGUAGCAUAAGUACACCAUCAUCAUUAUUUUGGAGCUUGAUUGGAACAUAUUUACCAUCGUUUGUCGUUGAUAAGGAACAUGCCUCCAGAAUGUAUCCUUUGGGUCCUCAUUAUAGCAGAUUAUUAGAAGAAAGUGGAUAUUUCCAUAUUCAAUCGACAAAACCAGACACUAUUGGUUCUGCAUUGUCAGAUACUCCAGCUGGUUUGGCAGUUUAUAUUUUAGAAAAAUUCAGUACCUGGACAAAUCCGGAGUAUAGAUUCCGAGCCGAUGGUGGUUUACUGGAGAAAUUCAAAAUGGAUGAGUUGUUGGAUAAUUUAAUGUUGUACUGGGUUACAAAUUCAAUAACAACUAGUCAGAGACUUUAUGCCGAAAGUUUCAGCAAAGCUCACAUAGCAUUAAAAAUCGAAAGUUUGCCAGUCAAAAAACCAGUUGGUUGUGCGAUUUUUCCGCAUGAACUUCUCUAUCAGCCUGAAUCAAUUCUUCAAUCGAGAUAUCCAAAUAUAAUUCAAUUCAAUCAUUUGUCACGUGGAGGUCAUUUUGCUGCCAUGGAGGAACCUCAACUUCUUGCCAAUGAUAUCUAUUCUUUUGUGGAGAAAGUCGAGAAGAAGCUGAAAGAAGAAAAAAUAUCCAAAGAGAAAAUAGAAAAAAACAAAAAAUAAAAUAUUUAGAAAAACCUUUAAUGGAUUUUUGUAAAAGAGCUGUGAAAGAUAUUUUUUUUUGUAAAAACUCCGUUUAUCUUUAAUUAAAUUAUAUAUAAAUAUAUAUUAUUCCGGACAGUCAAAUUUCCGGAAUUUGUUAAAUUAUUGUUUUAUUUUUAAAUAAAUAUUGAUAUUUAAUAUAAAAAU